AUGAAUAUGGCCGAUCGUCAAGACCGCCACAAUGGCGAUGAAGCAAUCUCCAGGGACGCUACGGACCAAGCUUCGAAGACCAAGAUUCCAUCAGCUUUGGCUACGAACCCUGAACUCACCAAACACUGGGCGAAGUACUAUCGUACAAGCAUCGCCUCCGGGAUGAGCAUCAUGCUCUCUCAAACAGUUUCUUAUCCCUUGGACAGCGUCAAGACUCGCAUGCAAGCAUACGGCCGCCACCGUACUAUUAUAGAGUGCAUGAAAGAUGGAUACAAGACGGAGGGGAUCAAGGGCUUCUAUCGUGGCGGUUUGGGCCCAUUCUUCAGCUUUACAUUCGGGAGGACCUUGUCGUUCUCCGUGUAUCAAAAGGCAAAAUACAAGUACUCUGCCCUCAUCGGGCAAGCCACUGGAGGCGACGAGCCAUUGGUCAUCGUUAAUCGGCCUGGGAGCAUCCCUACAUUAGCAACAAUAGCAUGCUUUGCGGCCGCUGGUGCUACCGCUGGAUCAGUCAUCUCGUUUUACGCUGCCCCUUUCGAGAUCACCAAGAUCGCUGCGCAAACGUCCGAAAUGAUGGCGAAGGGCAAUAAAUCCAGCAUGUCCGAUGCGCUCAAAGAUCCGAUCAAAUCAAGCUACCAACAGAAGGGAACGAUCAAGACCGCAAUGAAUAUUCUCAAGCUCCGCGGCUUUCCUGGACUGUACGCUGGAUUUCGAAUCCAUAUCGUCAGAGAUACUAUCGGAUCAGCGAUUUACUUCUCGACAUACGAAAGCACUAAGCAGAUGCUCGUUAAGCUACAAGGCAGUAAUUCUCCAACCUCUCCUUUGUCCGUAGCUAUGGCUGGCGGUUUUUGUGGUUUGGCGUCUGUGACCUGCACUUAUCCUUUUGACUCCGUAAAAACCGAAUACCAGCGCAAGUGCCUUGAGAGAAACACUGCGGUGAAAUACCCGAAGCUAGAGUGGUUCAAUCGCAAAUCUUAUCGAGGUUUUGGCCUUGCAAUGGCACGCUCUUGUGUUACGAACAUCGUCUUUUUUUCCUCUUUCGAGUUAAUCAAGAAGAAGAUUAACCAGCUACCGGAUCCGGUGCUGCUCGAUUCAGUGGACUAG